AUGGCUCUACCUGCAUCCUACUCUCUAAAAACAGGCCACAGCAUUCCAGCCAUCGGCCUCGGAACAUGGCAGUCCAAGCCCAAUGAGGUCAAAGAGGCCGUCUGCACAGCUUUAAAAGCCGGAUACCGCCACAUUGACGCUGCAGCCGUCUACGGCAACGAGAAGGAAGUCGGAGAGGGGAUUAAAUUAUCUGGUGUUCCCCGAGAAGAGAUCUUCAUCACCAGUAAACUAUGGAACACACACCAUGAGCCCGAACACGUGGAGGAGGCGCUUGAACAAACACUCCGCGAUCUCCAGAUUGACUAUUUAAAUCUCUAUCUGAUCCAUUGGCCCGUUUCAUUUCGGUACUCAACGACGACGAUCCAGCCAGUGGAUGCUGAAACCGGGCUGGUCGAUGUCAUUGACGUUCCAAUCAAGGAUACCUGGGCUGCGAUGGAGAAGCUGGUAGAGAAGGGGAAGGUGCGGUCCAUUGGAGUGAGCAAUUUCACUCGGCAGAGGAUUGAGGAGCUGAUGACUACGUAUGUCCUCAUCCUUUUUGUGGAGAUGAAGGAGCUGAUUGCAGAGCGUAGGGCUCGCAUCCACCCCGCCGUUAACCAGAUCGAAGCGCAUCCAUAUCUCCAGCAGAGGGAUUUGCUCGAGUGGUCCAAGCAACAGGGGAUCGUGAUAACCGCUUACUCGCCCCUAGGGAACAACAUUUACAAUAUUCCUCGGGCUGUCGAUGACCCAACCGUCAUUCAGGUCGCCAAAGAGCUAGGCAAGACACCCGCGCAGGUGUUGAUCAGCUGGGCGAUUCAGCGCGGGACGUCGGUCGUGCCCAAGUCAGUCACCGCAGAGAGAAUUAAAAGUAAUCUCGAGGUGUUCGUUUUACCUGAACAUGCAUUUGAGAGAAUCCAGGCGUUGGAUCGUCACCAGCGGAUGAACUUCCCGGCUAGAUUGGGAGUCGAUAUCUUUGGGGAGGUGGGCGAGGAAUCGGCCAGGCAGAGUGCGUUGGAGUGGGCUAGACAGCAGAAGAUGCAGGCAAAGUGA